GUGGAAUUGGAUGAAGAAGGAAAUCUCAUCGAGAAAAUAGAAGGUGAAGAAAGCGGGUUCGAGGAUGAUAGUGAAGAUGAGGAUUAUAAGCCAGGCUCCAAAUCCAAAGCAAAGGCAAAACCUGCCCCAGCAGCAUCACGAGGUCGUGGACGAGGUGGCAGCACUGGUGCGACUCCACGAGGGGGUGGUGGCACCAAAAGGGGACGGGGCAAGUAG